AUGGACACAUCACAGUACACGCCUACGCAGGAAAAUACGGAGCAAGACUAUGGCCAAUUCUACCGACCUCCUGUAUCGAGCCCUCCGCCCGAUACGCUGCCUCUGCACGACGAGCCCGAGCAGACGCUGCAGGCCGACGAUACCGGCGCCGUCAACUUUGGACACUUGAGCCCUGGUGUGCGUCCGUCGUCGCAGGUCUCGGAAGAUGCAGGCUUUGAGAAUACUCGUGGCGAAUGGAGGGCGCCGGACCUGACGUCGCAGCAGCGGUCAAGCCAUGGCUACACGCCAUUGAAGCCCGGCGUUCUCUUGCCGGAGACACCAGUGCCGGCCAAGAAUCCCUUUGCUGUGCAGAAUAAUGGAGGUGUCGGCGUUCCCUUUGCAGGUACACAGCUGUUCGAGCAGACACCUGCGGUGACCUCGGCUAUGAAGCUUCACAGCCCUACGUCGUCGCGGCCGUCGCCGGCAAUGCUGCCCGACACGAUGUCCCUGAACAUGAUGCCGACAUCUCCUCUGAAGCGUCGCGACAAUGUCUCCUCUCCUACCGUCAUGCAUACGUCGAGCCCCAGUCGAUUGAGUACUGUCGCCACGGUUACUCGAAAACCUAGAGUGUCCCCAAUCCGCGAAGAGGUGACCAACGAAGACGAAGACGGAGAUCCUCAAGAUGAUAUGAUUCCGGAAUCGCCAACCAUCCAGCCUCUGAAGUCGUUUGGCAAUCGGCAACCUCCCGCUCAAGUUCAAUCUUACUAUGAGCCGAUGAAGAAGUCCCAAGAGCGUAAAGCGACGGUGAGAGCCCCGCCGAAGGAGCUGAGCAUCGAUAGCGACCCGGACGACGUCGUCGUAAGGAUGAGGCGUAGGAAGAAGAUGGACAAGAUAAGGCUCCAGGCCGCGGAAGAGAUGGAGAAGGUUAGGGUGCCGAUACCUCCGCGGCAAGAUUCGAGCGAAGGCCGGAAUCGUAAGAGAAGAAAGCUGUCGUCGGUUGGCGAGGAAGAGAACCGUCCUCUCAGGUCAUCAGCUUCAGAUCAGUUACAGCAUGCCAAGGCACGUGCCGGCUCGCACAGUCCUCAGAAAGGAUCCAGUUUGCCCGAGCAAAACCUGUCAGCUGGGUCUACCAAAGCGACCCCACGAGAUGCGACAUCCGGCGAUGGCGGCAAAAACGCUGGGACUGUCCGACAAGGCAGGAGAGAUAAGGAGACUGCCUCUGAGGAUAGGAUUCCCGCCACUAGUCCCGUGAGAUCUCUAUCCGCCGGUGCUCAGCGUGGUGCUGUAUUGGCCUCUGAACCUGAGCUGCCGCCACUCAUUGAAAACGAGGCGGGUGACAAGGAGGCCGACAACGAUGCGGAACCCUCGUCAUUACCUCCGCCUCGUCGACAUGCUCAAAGGGUCUACGGUAAACAAGCACAAAGCCGUCGCCGUAAUAGAGUCAUCACCUCUUCGGAGACCAACGAAAGGUCGUCAGCUGAGCCGGAACUUCAAGGACAGAAGGAUGCACCUCCUAUAUCAAAUAGUGAGCCCAAGUCUGGUGGACCAGUUGAACAUGGCGAGCAGACGGAGGUGGGCAACACAGAACCAGAGCUACCAAAGCUGCCACCUGCAAGGUCGCAUUCCGCAGCGACUGUAGCAAUGUCUUUCAUGACCGAGAGGAACGAGCGAACACCGCUCACACCUGUGCGCGCCCUUGCAGCGACUCGGAGAAAUCAUACGUCGUCCAGCUUAACAGCUAUAUCAACGCCAGCAGUGUCAGACAAGUUUACUCCUGAUACGCAGGCUUCUCCAGUAUCCGAUCAACCAAAAUCCACCACCAAUGUGUCUUCUCCGGCUCAAAAUCGUAAGAUGCGGACUCGAAAUCCAGAGCGGGCCACGAGGGAUACGACGCCGCAGGGAGCUGUGAAAGCGGCGAAGGCGAGUAUGCUGUCCGCAGGCGUCAACCCCAGUUCUACCGACGAGUUGCAGCAAUCACCACCCAGCAGUGCCCUUGAGAUGGGUAUAUCUUCGCUGCGAUCGAGUAGGAUAUUCAAGCAAAGCAUUGGAUCUACGUUCCGCGGACGAAGACUUUUUGAGGGCAUGGUUUUUGCUAUAUCAAUGUCACCCGACAAGGAGAGUCAAAAGACGCGUGCAAAUCUGGAAACAAAGAUUAAGCAGGCCGGUGGCCUCAUUCUGGAAUCUGGAUUUGAGGAGCUGUUUGAGCCUUCUUCCGUCCUGAGUGCCUCCGACGUAUCAGUCACUGCCAACGGAGCAUCUCUGACUUUGUCCAAGGCCAGUCUACACUAUGGCUUUACCGCACUGAUAGCAGACAAACACUCGCGAAAGGUCAAGUACAUGCAAGCGUUGGCUUUGGGCCUGCCCUGUCUGGCGUACCAGUGGGUCAUAACGUGCCUCAACAAGGGAAUUCUGAUGGAUUGGGAACCCUAUCUCUUAGCAGCAGGAUCAUCCGCUGUUUUGGGGAAUGCCGUGAGGUCUAGAUGCCUGCGUCGGUACGAUGCGGCAGAGGCCAGGCUUGUGGAUAUGGUCGAACACCGGCCAAAGCUACUUGCAGGCGAGAAGCUCCUCGCGCUUGUGGAUGAUAUGAGGACCCGGAGUGAGGGAAAGAAGAAGAAGACGGAUCUAAUAGAGAAGCAGCCGUACAUGUUUCUCGCCCAGGCGCUGGGGCCGUCCAUCUCCUGGGUGUCGACGAUACAGCAGGCUCGCGAACUUUUGGACGCCCAGGAGAAGGCGGGCGAGCCGUUUACCUGGCUUUAUAUGGAUGAGUCGAUCGGCACGGUGGAGUCGGUGCUCACGGUAUCAGAACCCACUGGAAAGAAACGGCGGAGAUCGCAGGCGCCGUCGGUAACAAGGAACAUUCGUGUGCUGUGCGACGAGCUCAUGAUUCAAAGCCUCAUUCUUGGACGCAUGGCGGAGGAAGACGAAAUGUCUUAUGUGGGAGAGAAGCAUUGA